GAGGAGGGGCUGGCUACUGAGGAGACCCCACGGCCAUGGCUGCAGCCACUCGUGCCCGGGUCGCGCACUUGUUGAGGCAACUGCAGCGAGCAGCAUGCCAGUGCCCUACUCAUUCUCAUACUUACUCCCAAGCUCUUGGACUUGCACCUUCUGGGAAAACAACAGAUUAUGCCUUUGAGAUGGCCGUUUCAAAUAUUAGAUAUGGAGCAGGAGUUACAAAGGAAGUGGGAAUGGACCUACAAAAUAUGGGUGCUAAAAAUGUUUGUUUGAUGACAGACAAGAACCUCUCCCAGCUCCCUCCUGUACAAAUGGUUAUGGAUUCCCUAGUGAAGAAUGGCAUAAAUUUUAAGAUGUAUGAUAAUGUGAGAGUGGAACCAACUGAUAGAAGCUUCAUGGAAGCUAUUGAGUUUGCCAAAAAGGGAGUUUUUGAUGCCUACGUUGCUGUCGGUGGUGGCUCCACCAUGGACACCUGUAAAGCUGCUAAUCUGUAUGCAUCUAGCCCUCACUCUGAUUUCCUAGAUUAUGUCAAUGCCCCCAUUGGGAUGGGAAAGCCUGUGUCUGUGCCUCUUAAGCCUCUGAUUGCAGUCCCAACCACCUCAGGAACUGGGAGUGAAACUACAGGAGUUGCCAUCUUCGACUAUGAACACUUGAAAGUAAAAACUGGUAUUGCUUCCAGAGCCAUCAAACCCACGCUGGGACUGAUUGAUCCUUUGCACACUCUGCACAUGCCUGACCGGGUGGUCGCCAACAGUGGCUUCGAUGUGCUUUGCCAUGCCCUGGAGUCCUACACUGCCCUUCCCUACCACAUGCGGAGCCCCUGCCCUUCAAAUCCCAUCACCCGGCCAGCAUACCAGGGCAGCAACCCAGUCAGUGACAUUUGGGCUGUCCAUGCACUACGGAUCGUCGCUAAGUAUCUGAAGAGGGCUGUCAGAAAUCCUGAUGAUCUUGAAGCAAGGUCUAAUAUGCACUUGGCAAGUGCUUUUGCUGGCAUUGGCUUUGGAAAUGCUGGUGUUCAUCUGUGCCAUGGAAUGUCCUACCCAAUUUCAGGCUUAGUGAAGACAUACAAAGCAAAAGAUUAUAAUGUGGAUCACCCACUGGUGCCUCAUGGCCUUUCUGUGGUACUCACCUCCCCAGCAGUGUUCACUUUCACAGCACAGAUGUCUCCUGAACGGCACCUGGAAACGGCAGAAAUAUUGGGAGCUGACACCCGCACUGCCAGGAUCCCAGACGCUGGGCCUAUUUUGGCAGACACGCUCCGGAAAUUCUUAUUCGAUCUGGAUGUUGAUGAUGGCCUAGCUGCCAUUGGUUACUCCAAGGCUGAUAUCCCUGCAUUAGUGAAAGGAACCCUGCCCCAGGAAAGGGUCACCAAGCUUGCACCACGCCCUCAGUCAGAAGAGGACCUGUCUGCUCUGUUUGAAGCUUCAAUGAAACUGUAUUAAUUUUCAUUCUCACUGAAAGAAUUACCACUGGCCAUCACAGUCUUGACAACAGAAGCCAAGCUAGCCAGAACUUUGUCUUUUUAUUUCCACACAUGACAUACCUGUUACCAAUCUGAAUGUGAUAAUAAGUUUCUCCUGCAGAAGAUUCCCUAAUGCUCAAAGUCAAACUACUUCUGUAAACAGUGGAAGAAUGCCCACUAUGUUGGACCUUGGGCUAGACAUCAGCAUUCAUGUUCCUGCCCCAAACCACACAGAUUUCAACUGCUCUAUUUAUAAAAUGGGCAAAAGCUCAGUAUCUAUCAAAAACAUAAAUGCACAUAUCCCGUGCCCAGUAAUCCCUAGUCUAGAAAUUGAGCCUAUAGAAAUAUGAGCACAAGUGUGUUAAGGAAGAUGGCAAGGAUGUUUCUGGCAGCACUCUAAUAAAAAAUCCGAAAGAACCUAAAUAUUCAUUAAUAGUAUACAGAUAAAUAAAUCAGAGUAUAUUAAGUAAUGGAAUAUUAUAGUGCUAUCAAUAAGAAUGAGAUAAACAUAUUGGAAAUAUGCCCAUGAUAUACUGCUAAGUUGGAAAAAAGCAGAACAAUUAAAUAUUUGCAUGGUCUGAUUUUUACUUUUUAAUUAUACAUAAGUAUUUGUCUAUAUAUAGGAAGAAGAAUGAUACACAUCAAAAUAACAAAAGUUAUCACUAGAGAAAUAGAAUUUGGGGUACAGAAAAUUAAGAGAAAAUAUUCACCUUAUAUUUUAUACUUCCCCUUUUUAUUUUAUAAACAUCUGUAUUGUUUGGAUUUGUUAUAAGCACAUAUUUUCUCAUUUUAAAAGGACCAGAGAAAAGAGAGAAAUAUCAUUUUAUUGUUUUAGGUCAGAUUCAUCUUAAUUUAUGAAAAUACUAGUAACUAAUACUUACAGAUUAAAGCAGAUCCAAAGAGGUAAAAUAUGAGAGACUGAUCCUGUGGUAAAUAAACAAAUUGUUCUUUGGAGAAAAACACUAACACCCUACAUGGUAAUUCCCUCUUUGGAAAAAUGUUUUUGGUGCUCAGAAUAAAUUAAUUCAAAAGCAAGCAGUGUUGUAGUUAAUAGACUUCAGCCUUGCCAGUAGAAUCUAAGUAGCAUGAUCAUUUGCCUCUCUGUCAAUCCCAGCCUACAGAAACUUCUACGGCUCAUUUCGCCUCACAAAGGUAACCACACUGAUGUUUUUUGCCUGCUCAAGUCUUUGGCAGUCUGGAUCUCAGUGCCCUUGUGGAUUUAUUUGUGUUUUAAGCUGAAUUAAAGUUUUAAUCAAAUAAGUAAUGCUAUAUAUAAUUACAUCAGGAUUUUUAAAAAUGGAAAAGAAGUGCAUUACUGUGCCAUUCAGCCUGACCAGGCCCACUUUAUCUGUAUAAAAGUCUUUAUGUCCUUGAGAUCUUUUAAAUAACAUUGAAAUAAUGUUUCUAGAGUUUUCUCUAAUUAUAAACAUAAAAUACAUUUGGUACCCAAAACUGGUAAACACAAAAGAAAAUAUUUGUUAAUAUUGAACCAUCCAAAAGAUAGCCACUGUUAAAAAUUUGGUAGAUGUUUUUUAUUAUAUAUAUUAUAUGUGUGCAUAUAUUUUUGACUUAGAAAUGGUAUCAUUAAGAUAUAGUUUUAAUUCCUAUAGGACAUUCAAAUUUAUAUCAAGUGCUCUAAAGGCAAGCAUAGGACAGUGCCAACAGAAUUUCAGUUAUACCUUGCAGACCACAUCUAGCUAAAAUUCCCUCCAUUUCAAGAGUAUCAUGGAUUCUGAAAGCAGAAGCUGUGUGAAUGAGGCAGAAUACAGCUAAAUUCUCUGCCAAUCUGAAAUCCUUCAGGAAACUUUAGUAAAAGUUGUUAAUGUCUCAAAAUACAUUUGGCAGAGAAAAAACAUAUAUGUGUCUCCCCACCAACCCAACCCCCCCC